AAAUUCCCACCACUCAUGAGGUCCAUAGUUAGGUCGUAUGUGCUGGGUAAACACUGCGUUCACUUUGGGAUUUUAGGCAGGGUAUCUGUGAAGUUUUUGACAUCUGCUUAUCAGCAAACCCUGCAGUGUUCUCCAUCCAAGAUGGCUGCGGGGGAGAGCAAUAGCAGAGCUCCAUGUCUAAAUUUCACCAUUCCCGGACCACUGGGUAAUGCUCAGCCGAGCAACAACGCCCAUUCCUCGCCCGCUACCAACGAGGGGCUAGCGGGGGCAACUGGAGGUGCACCACGUACAGCAGGACACUCAAACCCUCAACCAGGCCCAGACCGUAGCGGGGGCGCCGAUGUCAGAGUAGAGGCAUCCCCGAAUAGGCAACACACUACACCGCAGUCCGCGGGUCCGAGUGCCACGGCGACCCGGGCACCAACAGCCGUAGGCGCGCCAGGAGCAGCGACCAACAUGACAGCAUCAACAGCAGCUUCCGCGGAGCCCCCGAACAUAUCAUCAUCGCUUCCCAGUAGCCCCGCGUCCGCAUUGGUUUAUCGGGAGCCAGUGUACAAUUGGCAGGCCACAAAAAACACCGUGAAAGAAAGAUUUGCAUUUCUUUUCAACAACGAGGUGCUAAGUGACGUGCAUUUUUUGGUGGGGAAAGGAAUGGGAGUGCAGCGGAUACCAGCGCACAGAUUUGCUCUUGCCGUAGGAAGUGCAGUCUUUGAUGCUAUGUUCAAUGGUGGUAUGGCUACUACCUCGACUGAGAUUGAGCUGCCUGAUGUGGAACCGGCUGCUUUUCUUGCCCUGCUCAAGUUCCUGUAUUCGGACGAGGUGCAGAUAGGACCUGAGACCGUGAUGACCACACUGUACACAGCAAAGAAGUAUGCAGUGCCUGCACUGGAGGCCCACUGUGUGGACUUCCUCAAGAAGAACCUACGUGCUGACAAUGCCUUCAUGCUGCUCACACAGGCUCGACUCUUUGACGAACCUCAGCUGGCCAGCCUUUGCCUGGAGAACAUCGACAAGAACACUGUGGAUGCCCUUGCUGCUGAGGGCUUUACUGAUAUUGACCUGGACACACUGGUGGCAGUGCUGGAGAGAGACACUCUGGGGCUGCGUGAGGUGCGUCUGUUUGGGGCAGCGGUGCGCUGGGCGGAGGCAGAGACUCAGAGGCAGCAAUACCAGCCCACUCCGGAGAAUAAGCGCAAAGUGCUGGGAAAAGCCCUGGCCCUUAUUCGCUUCCCUCUCAUGACCAUUGAGGAAUUUGCUGCAGGUCCAGCUCAGUCUGGUAUUCUUAGUGACCGGGAGGUGGUGAGCCUGUUCCUCCACUUCACGGUGAACCCCAAGCCUCAUGUUGAGUUUAUUGACCGGCCUCGUUGCUGCUUGCGGGGGAAGGAGUGCAGCAUCACACGCUUUGGACAAGUGGAGAGCCGCUGGGGCUACAGCGGGACGAGUGACCGCAUCCGGUUUUCAGUAAAUCGGAGGAUAUUUGUGGUGGGAUUUGGCCUCUAUGGUUCGAUACAUGGUCCCACGGACUACCAAGUCAAUAUACAGAUCAUUCACACAGACAGCAACACUGUUCUGGGUCAAAACGACACAGGCUUCAGCUGUGAUGGUUCCUCCAACACAUUCAGGGUUAUGUUUAAGGAACCAGUGGAGAUCCUGCCCAGUGUCAACUACAUUGCAUGUGCCACCCUCAAGGGACCAGACUCUCACUAUGGCACCAAAGGCAUGCGUAAAGUGACUCACGAAGCCCCUGCCAUCGGCACAAAGACCUACUUCACCUUCUGCUAUGCUGCGGGCAACAACAAUGGCACUUCAGUAGAGGACGGACAGAUCCCAGAGGUCAUCUUCUACACAUAAUCACUAGGCCUAUCCUCUGACCUCCCAGGGAACUUAGAACCAAUGGCAGGUGAGUCCCAAAUGACACUCUAUUACCCAUACAGUGCAAAUACUACUGUGUGGGCGAUAACGUGGCCUUUGAGACACAGCCUAAAAUACUAUUUUUCAUUAGCCCAAUGAAAACGUAUCGGUCAUUACCACUACUCAAUAUCACUCUGUCACUAUAAUGCUCAAAGGACAGUAAGCUGCCAUGGCUAACCUAACCAGGAUGUGAUAAAAUAAUUAUUGCUGAUUGUUACAAACGUUUGAUAUUAACAUUGGUUCUAAUGUGCAGUGUUUGAAUGGGUAAUUGUUUUGGGCAAAUACCAAUCGGUCAUCUUUUUAUUCAGGAUUGUUUCUGUUCUGAUCUUCCAGAAGCAAAUUUUAUUUUGAGGGAAGUACGCAGGUUCUCUGAAAUUUCUGUCAAACGGAAUAUUUUGAAUUUUCUGUCGUUAAAGAUGAGACAAAACAAAAUGUGAAAACAAAAAAUCCUGUCUUGACCUGUACUUGAAAGAUACCUUUACCUCUGCAAUGAUUGCAAGGCUUACUGAACUAUGGCUGGGUUCACACAGCCACCCUAUGAACCCAUUCCGACACCUUUUGUUUUUACUGUCUACAUGAUUUUAAUGGCCUAAUUCUAAGCACUAAAUUAUGUAAUUCAACUUUUUUGUUUCAAAGAUAAGUAGUUUGAUCACAUCAGAUCUUUUUCAGCAUCUAAAGUAGCACAUCAAUGCAAUGUUAAUUUCCAGAAAUUGUUCCUUAGAUGUUGGAGUGGUAGGACGUUUUGCUAUAAACUUUACAAUCUGCCAAACUGAGGUUACAUAUGGAGCUUAGGAAUUGAGAUCUAUAUAUGGAUGUGAUGUAAAUCAGAAGGAAAAAUAUCAAAUAUCAAGCUGUAGACAUCCAUUGGAAGACGAUGUGCAGAAACAAGAGACAUUUGAAAUCCUUACUUACCUUCAGGUUUCAAGUCUUAAUAGGCAUAUGCAUAGAAUAUACAAUGCAUACUACACAAGAAAGUUUUUACUUCCAGGCUCCUACUUGACAAUGCUCUCAUAAAUCUUUUCACCAAUGGUAAAAUUAUUACUUAUGUACUUUGCACUGAUGCACUUUGACAGGACACAGGCAAUCAACCGCUGAAAUGUUAAACUUUGGAAGAAAAGCAAACCAUCUGACACCUGGUGAAUCAACUAAUCAAAACAUGUUUGUUUAAUUGACCAGUAUAGAGACCCAAAACUGGGAUGGAUGAAACUGAAUGUACAAUUGUCUAAAUGCAGAUAUGUAUUGUGAAUGAAAUUCAAGUUUGAGAACUGUUUUACAGUAUUUAUGCUUUAGAUAUGUAAGUAACGCAACAACAAAAAAAUGCUAAAGUCUUGUUUGGAUAACAAGGCAUGUUGGCUUUCUCUCAUUUUUCAUUAAGGUUUGAGAUAUUUGUAAAUGUACUUAAUCGCAUGCUUGCCAAAUGCUCCAAAAGCAGAGGAAAUGUAGUGCAAAUACUUCACUGUUUUAACGGAUGCCCUUUUUUUACUUAUGAAAUGCGAUAAGAAUAAUUGGAUUAGUAGCAAGAAUGACCAAAAAUGAGAGAGAACUUUCGAAAGUAUUGAAACCAAGUUGUGCAUUUGACUUGGCCAGGACAAGCUUUGAAUGAUGCUGUUCCACUUGACACCGAUCAGAUCUUGAAAAGGUUACUAUUGAACUAAAGUUGCUAUGGUGUUUUUACAAGCCAGUCCAACCCCCCCCCCCACUAUCCUCUCUUUGCAAAAAAUUGAAAUCCGUUAAACAGUUUUGUUUUGCCUAAGGUAUCAAACUCCGUGCUAUAGCAGAUUAAAAACAUGAGUCUGGCUAUUGUACAUUGUAAAUAAAAUGUUCCAAUUUAACAACUGU